AUGGGGACCAGUGAGCAGGUUUUUGGCAUAGAAGUGAAGGAAGUGGAUGAUAUCAACCACUCCUAUGAGCUCCUUAAAGUUCUUGACCUCAGCUAUGAUGGGCGCUCGAGUGGUGAUGACGAAGAGGGCAUCCCCAAGAUAGGCCUCCUGGUGCUCAUCCUUGGUGCCAUCUUCAUGGAGGGCAACCGUGCUCCUGAGAAGAAGAUCUGGAACAUGCUGAAUACGGUUGGCAUAUUUCCUGACCAGCAUGAUUUCAUCUGUGGGAAUCCCAGAAAGUUCAUCACUGAAGAAUUGGUUUCCGAGAAGUACCUGGAAUACCAGCUGGUACCCGGCAGUGAUCCUCCAUGCUAUGAGUUCCUGUGGGGCCCAAGGGCCCGCGCUGAAACCAGCAAGAUGAAAGUCCUGCAGUUUUUCUCCAAGAUUGUCCGGAGCAGCCCCACGGCCUUCACAGCUCUGUAUAGGGAAGCCUUGAAGGAUGAAGAGGAGAGAGCCCAGACCGCCCUUGCCUCCGUGUCCAGUCCUGUUGCCCCGGAAGACUCAGGUUCCGCGGACAAGCCCAGCAGCUUCUCCCGCUCUGAGUAAAUUGAGGCUGCUUUUUCACACUGAUUAAAGACAACAGUCAGGUAUUCGAGUAGAAGAAAGUUCGGGUUCUUUUUCUUUUUGUUCCGUCUUAAAGGGUUUAUUAGCUUCAGAGUCUCCAUUCAUUAACUGUGGCUCCCACGUUUGUUUCAGAAGAAGUUCGCUGCUGUGAAAAGCGUGUUGAGGACAUUCUCAGCUUUGAGGUCUAGAGGAAGAUCAAAGAGCAUUGCAACAGAGCUUUCCUUGGACGUGUGAAAGAUCUAAAAAAAUGACAGAUUCUGUUGUUCUUGUAGUCUGUUUUGUGAAGCUAAACAUGUUCACCUCUUACUUGGUUGAUUUACUGAACAAUGUAUGUGCAGUUAAAGGUUAAUAAAGGGCACUGCCCUGUUUUCCAAAAAAAAAAAAAAAAUCCAUUUUGGCUCUUCAUAUACACUUUCGUUUGGGGUGCCUUUGGAGCCUCUGUGACCAAUAAAUGCUAGGCAGAGCCAUAGACAGAAUGAUCUAACUGACUUUUUAGGUCUGGGACCACAUACCGUGCUUAUUUCCUGCAUCUGGGACAGCAAAAGUCUCCGCUUUCACCAUUGCAUUUAAACAAAAUUGCAUUUUAUCUUAAAAGCACCUUUAGCAUGAGUUGCAAAAGAAAAAACUUGUUUUUGAGUUAGUAAAAUGACCAUCUAGUGACUAAAGUAGUAUAGGGCGGAAUAAACUCUGCGCUGGGCUGUUAGCGAUGUGCUAACAUUCUGGAGACACUUUUUUUUUUUUUUUUUUCAAAAUCCAUGUUCCUAAAAAUGCCUCUUCCCAAGGCACAAUUGGAGUGUUUGGUUUUGGCUUGUCUGUGUUGACGAUGGGACCCUGACAUCUGAAUUUAGUCUUUUAGAGUUAAGUCUGUAACCCGGGACGCUGUUAGUCAAGUCAAGGUUAGGCUGCCCAUCGUUUAUUUGGAGGGUUCAGAACGCCGUGUGGGGGUCAGAUAUUGGGGUGCAGCGUCCUAGUAGAUCCAGUUUUGGUCUAGUCAGGCAGCAAGCAUUGGGAAGCUGUGCAGAGCAGGUCCAAGGCAAUCUGACAGCUGGAGCUUGUGGAAGGCGAGAGUGGGAGGGACGGUUCAGUGUGGCUGGAAUGCUCACCUUGAAACAGAGGUUAACCUUUGUUUAGGUGGGUGUAGAGGAAGCUUGGAGAACGCGAAGGAUUAAAGGAAAGAAGCUAAAACACCCAGUGAGUGAGUCCAGGAAAGUUGAACAGAUGCGUCAAACUCAGAAGUAUCGAGUACCCAUUCUCUCUUGUUGCUAGGGGGCCUGCACAGUGGGGAAUCCCGUUGUGCAGACCUGGAUACAGAGGACAUUGUGGCGUGGCGUGGGGGCACGAACCCCCCCCUCCGCCCCCGAGUUUCAAUCGCCACAUGGGACAGCCUGGGAAAGUCACCAGUCGGCGGCGCUGCGGUGGUGGAAUCACAGACCGGCUGUGCUGGAACCUCUAAGGUCAGAGGAGCUGCAGGACGGGGACCCAGAAGAAAAGGGACCAGGGGUUUGAUCAGUUUCUCUGCUGUUUAUAAAGAUGUCGGCUCUCAAAUUCUGCUGUGGAUGUCUUACCUUU